AUGAAGCUGGUUUCGUCCUUGUCCCUCGUUGCAGCACUGGUCGUGUCGGUCUGCAGUGCUUCCCACCUUGACUCCUGCCCUGAAAACGAUAGCCUCUUCGAUGUCUAUAGUGCCAGCAUUAACCCUAGCUCAGUCGAUCCUAGCAAGGAGAUUUGCCUCAGUAUCAAGGGUGAACUCAAGACAGAUCUUCCUCUGGAGGGAUCCAUGAUCAAGUUCACAGUCGAGCAACCUCGCGUUCUCUCAAAGGAUUGGCAAGUCGGUGUCUAUAGCUCGCUCCGGUUCCCACAGGGCACACAGCUGCCCGUGUCUGGUGGAGGCGACCGUGAGCUAAACGCUUGCUUCUAUCUGCCGCCCGAGUUCCAAUACACCCAAAACGGAGCUGAGCUCCUCAUCAGCGCCGAGAUUACAAGCAGAGACAAGGACGAUGAUGAUGUGAGUGUUGUUUGUGUCACUGGUGCCGCUCGCGUCAGCCGAGGUUAG